CAAGCCUCUGUCGAAUCUGCUCUUCGGCGGCUGUACGGCGGCCGUAGCUUCAAAAAAUAAAUAUAGAAUGUCAACAUCGUUUUGGUUUUUCUUUAUCUUGUGCUGCAUGUUACUGUUUCCACCACUAGGUCACUUUGUUCUACCUUACGUCACUCUACCCCUACCCCUUGUCACACUAUCCCAACUUCUGCCACUCCCCAACCCAAAGUCCCUCUGUCCCAACUUACGUCACUCUGCCAGUCUCCCUACCCCAGGUCACUCUGUCCCAAUUUACGUCACUCUGCCACUCCCCAGGGUCACUCUGUCCUAACUUACGUCACUAUGCCACUCCCCCUACCUCAGGUCACUCUGUCCCAAACUUACGUCACUCUGCCACUC